AAAAAAUUAGAUCUCCAAUUUUGAUAAGAUAAAAAAUUUAUAAAAUUAUUUAAAAAAUGUUUCGUAUAACAACUUCGAUACUUAGAUAUCCAAUUGUUAGAAAAAAUGUUCAUACUGAUUGUAUGAGAUUUAUGACAACAAUCAAGGAUGAUGCAGAAAAAGAGAGUGAAAGAUUAAAAGAAUUUAGAAAAAAAUUACGAGAAAAAACACCAAUUGGCAAACUUGAAGAACUUGAAGAAGGACAACAUCCUUAUCAAGAAAAAGAGCCUUUAAAGCCACAUCCUAAUAAUACAAAUCCAGAAACUGGUGAAGUUGGUGGACCAAAAGGUCCAGAACCAACUCGUUAUGGUGAUUGGGAAAGAAAGGGUAGAGUUUCUGAUUUUUAAUUUGUAUAUUAUUGUUAUUAAAUUUAAUCAAUAAAAUUUGUUUUAUUUUA